UGCGGGAUGGGAUAGGGUGGCUCCCUUGCCCCCAUCCUGGGUCUGUUUGAGCGACGAGGUUUCAUUUCAUCAGAGCAAGGCCAAGGCGGUCUGGAAUCGGGAACCGGAGGCUGACCCUGCACGGGUGGAGUUAGUGUUUUGGAAUGCCCCAACUUAUCAGAGGACUAAAGUGUUUAUAGGCAUUUAUUGGACGGCCUCUGCUUCCAGGCUUCGUGCUAGGAGCUGUGGGGAAUUCAGUGGCAAGAACAGCCUUGCCCUCCUCCUCCCCUCGUUUGGAGGACAUAAAGAUUUAUACUACUUAGAGACUAACAUUAGGCAGUAAAUUAAAGGGGGGGGGGGGUCGAAGGUUAGGUUUAUUCCUUCGAGAGAAAGUCCUUUGUCAUUAAGUCAGUCUGCCUUCUGGCAUCGUGGAGGGUACUGUGGAAGCUAAUUUCUGAAUAGGACCCAAAUUCUAAAUAAUUUGGAGGAAAAAAUAUAGGUAAAGGCGCAGCAAAGUCUUGAGUACUAAGUAGUAUGCUUGAGUUCUGGUUAGUUUUAAUGAGUGGAAGUAAGAAACCCCUCACCUUCAAGAAUUGAAGCAAAAAUAUGUCCAAAAUAUGUCCAUAUACCUUUCAGUUGUAGUAGGUAGAAGAUAUUACGUACAUUGGGAUCUUUCUUUAGAGAUUGAAGAGAAUGCUGUGCCUUAGACAUCACUGAUGAUUUGUUAUCCUUGUACUGUCUGUUGUGAUUUAGAUUAAUUUAAAGAAGGUGGGUUAGGUGUCUCAUUGUUUUCUGGAGAAACUGCAUUCUGUUUUUGUGAUUUCCGUGGUGAGCGUGGUAAGCUAAAAGAUUAGCAGAGAGAGAAAGAGACCAGGUGGAGAGAGGAGAGAGAGAGGAUUUUAGAAAAAAGCCCCUAAACCAAGGGAAGGUCGCCUCCUACUGCUUUAGUCUGGUCUGGAAAUCCCAGGAAAUUUGGGAAGACUGGCUUUGCCACCACUGUUGGCUUGGUGACCUGCCAGGCACUGGGCCCGUGUCUUCCUGGGGGCUGAAGUUUUGUGGUUGGACCGAGGUUCAUACCUCUUUUCCUUCACUUACUGCACUAGUCAGGUGAUGUUGGCCCUAGACAUGGGGAUGACAGUCACUGCUUGACCACCCAUUCAUAAGAGAGAAUAUAUGUGAAGUACCUCCAGGACCUGCUCUUAGUAGGCAUUCUGCCCUUUCAUCCAGCUGACUGAAGUGUAGUGGAUCAUGGAUUUUCCUGGUCACUUUGAACAGAUCUUCCAGCAGCUGAACUAUCAGAGACUUCACGGCCAGCUCUGUGACUGUGUCAUUGUAGUGGGGAAUAGACAUUUCAAAGCCCACCGCUCAGUACUAGCAGCGUGCAGCACGCAUUUCCGAGCCCUGUUCUCAGUGGCAGAGGGAGAUCAGACCAUGAACAUGAUCCAGCUGGAUAGCGAAGUGGUGACGGCAGAGGCCUUCGCCGCGCUGAUUGACAUGAUGUACACCUCCACGCUCAUGCUGGGGGAGAGCAAUGUCAUGGAUGUCUUACUGGCAGCCUCUCACCUGCACCUGAACUCUGUUGUUAAGGCAUGUAAACAUUACCUGACGACACGGACGCUGCCCAUGUCUCCCCCCAGCGAGCGUGUUCAGGAGCAGAGCGCCCGCAUGCAGCGCUCCUUUAUGCUGCAGCAGCUGGGACUGAGCAUCGUGAGCUCCGCCCUCAGUUCCAGCCAGAGCGGCGAGGAGCAGCCAGCCCCCAUGAGCUCCUCGAUGCGCGGUAACCUGGACCAGCGGACGCCCUUCCCCAUGCGCCGCCUGCAUAAGCGCAAGCAGUCUGCGGAGGAGCGGGCCAGACAGCGCCUCCGACCCACCCUGGACGAGUCUGCCAUUUCCGACGUGACGCCAGAGAAUGGGCCGGGGGUUCAUUCCCGGGAGGAGUUCUUUUCUCCAGAUUCUCUCAAAAUCGUGGACAACCCUAAGGCCGAUGGGAUGGCCGACAACCCGGACGACAGCACCAUCAUGUUUGACCAGUCUUUCAGCACUCAGGAAGAUGCCCAGGUGCCCAGCCAGUCCGACAACAGUGCCGGCAACAUAGCCCAGCUCUCCAUGGCCUCCCGUGCCACUCAGGUGGAGACUGGCUUUGAGCAGGAAGCCACAACCGAGAAGAGUGGCUUCCAGUGUGAAAACGGGGAGGUGGGCCUUGGUGAGAAGGAGCACAUGAGAGUUGUGGUGAAAUCUGAGCCCCUGAGCUCCCCGGAGCCGCAGGACGAAGUCAGCGACGUGACCUCCCAAGCGGAAGGCAGCGAGUCGGUGGAGGUGGAGGGGGUGGUGGUCAGUGCCGAGAAGAUAGACCUCAGCCCAGAGAGCAGCGACCGGAGUUUUUCAGACCCCCAGUCUAGCACUGACCGGGUAGGGGACAUCCACAUUUUGGAAGUCACCAAUAACCUUGAACAUAAAUCCACCUUCAGUAUUUCAAAUUUUCUGAACAAGAGCAGAGGAAGUAACUUUAGUACCAAUCAGAACAAUGACGAUAAUCUCCCAAACACAACUAGUGAUUGCAGGCUGGAGGGGGAGGCCCCUUAUUUGUUGAGUCCGGAGGCCGGGCCUGCGAGCGGGCCCUCCUCGGCCCCUGGUGCCCAUGUGGAGAACCCCUUCAGCGAGCCUGCAGACUCCCACUUCGUCAGGCCCAUGCAGGAUGUGAUGGGCCUCCCGUGUGUGCAAACCUCAGGCUACCAAGGAGGAGAACAGUUUGGGAUGGAUUUUUCCAGGUCCGGUUUGGGGUUGCACUCCUCCUUCUCCAGGGUAAUGAUGGGUUCCCCUCGAGGAGGAGCCAGUAACUUUCCAUACUAUCGCCGCAUAGCUCCCAAAAUGCCAGUGGUAACUUCUGUCAGGAGCUCACAGAUCCCAGAGAAUUCUGCCAGUUCCCAGCUGAUGAUGAACGCGGCCACAUCGUCAUUUGAAAACGGCCACCCUUCGCAGCCCGGUCCCCCACAGCUGACCAGGGCAUCUGCUGAUGUCUUGUCAAAGUGCAAGAAGGCCUUAUCGGAGCACAACGUCUUGGUUGUAGAGGGGGCUCGCAAGUACGCCUGCAAAAUCUGCUGCAAGACUUUCUUGACCUUAACAGAUUGCAAGAAGCACAUUCGUGUUCACACCGGUGAAAAACCCUAUGCCUGCCUGAAGUGCGGCAAGAGGUUCAGUCAGUCCAGCCACCUGUACAAACACUCGAAGACCACCUGCCUGCGCUGGCAGAGCAGCAACCUCCCCAGCACUCUGCUCUAGCCCGACCUCGAGAUAAUGCGGAUGCCAGAAGCAGGACCGGAUCUCUGGUUGGUUGGUGGUUAACGCCGUGGGGCUUAAGACUUCAGGCUGUGAGCGGCUCAUGCAAAUGUCGAAGACUAAUAAGUGGAGAGUUAACACGUGUAGUGCUUGUGCUGCCGCGUUUCUGAGUACAAGGUACACAUUUCAGAGAAGGGAUCCAGUCCCUGAAACCACGUUCUUCCUUAGGGUUGAGUAAUGCAGUUGGAAAGUAGUCUCUAAUUGAUGUUAGAAGUGGCACAUUGAACAAUUAAAAAUUGAAGUGCAAAAACAUUUUUUAGCAAUUUUUGUAAAACUGAAGCAUUUAAUUAAAUUUCCUAUAUACCUUCUGAUGAGAAUAUUAUAUACUUGUAUACAGUGAUGCAAAACGCACUUAUGUGUAACCAGUGGCAACUUUGUGCCUGUCUAAAAGGAAUACCCUUGAGGACACGCCUGUCUGCCAGAAAUGCUUUAAAGUUUAUCAUGAGCUAGUUCUAGGCUUUAGAAAGUACUGUAUUUUUUUUUUUUGGUCUGAUUUGCAGUCACAGAUGCUGCACUUUGAUGGUGCUGACACUGGGUCCAGAGCGAGCAUUCUCUGGACUAACAGGUGUGUAUAUACUUUUGAAAAAACAUCGUUAGAUAGACGUUUUAACAGUUUUCCCCAGUUUUAAAGACAAAGUUGUAAAAGGAGUGUGUACUUAUUAAUAGGGAGCGACAAGUAAGGUGUUGUUUCUGUAUGUGCUGUUUAGCGGUGUUGUAGCCGACUUGUAUCACACACGUUACGGUCUGGAAGCCAGAAGACCUAAUGUUCGUCUUUGUUCUGAUGAUGUGGAGUCCUGUUUAGUGGGAUCUUUUACGGCGCAUUUACCCUUUGUUCCGUGCAGAUUUCGGGGGCCGGUCCAGCCUGACACAUCUCACCCAACGACAAGCCCAUUCUCUGCUUCGCUUCUUCACACACUCAUGCCACUUACAGCAUCUUUCCUGGGCCUAGAUUACUGUUUUCAGGUAAAAAACUAACCAAAAGUGAAGUCAACCCCCCUCCAUCGUGGGCUUUGUUACUGUUCUGUUCUAUGGUUUUAAAGUACAGACCCUGAGCUUCGGUUGUUGCCCCAGCCCAAUACUGAAGGUUUAAAAUCCAGACACAGCAGUGGUCAUGGGUAAAUAUUCCCAUCUCUGUAAGAGGACUGGGCAGCCCAGAACAUAGAAGCCACCAGGCAGCAUCUGAGACAGUCUGAGGAGACCUCUGGGUGACUGGCCUGGCCUUCUCUGGGCCACCCCUGUGGCCUUCCCACCCUUUGGGCAGCAUCAGUUAGGCUGAGCCCUGCUUGAGAACUUCCAGGGGAACAGCACAGGUUAAUGUGUCUCUGUAGAGCUCAUGAAGUCAGUUUAAUUCGUACAUGAGUUCAUUUUUUAUACAGCUUAUUUGAGACACCCCAAACCACUGUGCAUAACUGAGCAAAAUCCUUCAGUUCUUGUGUUUAGGAAAGUAGUCAGCAUGCACCUUCUCUUAAUCUAGCAUAUGCAGUUACACGUCUGUCUUGUGGAUAAACUCAUAAUGCUCACUGUCAGAUUUAGCGUCUCCUAUGACCUGAUUCCCAGGGAGGAAAGGGAAGGCUUCCUUCCCAAAAGGGAAGCCUCUGGUCCCUCUCCUGACAGGGGAGGGGAGAGUUGGGGAGGCAGGCGGAGGCCGUGGGAUCACCUGUGAAGCUCGGUGUGUGUGGAAAAUUGUUAGUCGUCAUGCUCUGACGAUGUGAUGAGGCUCUACAUCCACCCCUCUGGGGAACCAGUGACUUGUGAGAUCAACCCUGGGAGGCAGGUGGGUCAGCGUGGAGGGAGAGAGGCCCUGCCUGGCCUGGGAAGAGGAGUUGGCGGCACAGAACAGCAGUCGCUCUCCUCCCCUUCCACCUUGAGGAAGAGGUGCCGGAAAGUGGCCCCCCACCUGAGCUCAGGCUUCAGUGGACUUGCCUCGGGGACUGACACAGUGGCUGAAGCCCUGCCUCUCCACUGCCCGGUGGAGCCUGGAAUCUCUCAUCUACCUCUUAGUCAAUCAGUUUCCAUGUGUGAGAAGCAAGGCUGUGGGCCAGUGUCCUUGUACAUGCUGUAGCACUUAAAUAAUUCAGAGGUUCCCUGGAAGACCAGUCCCAGGAUUCCUACAACUGGUAGUUUCUACCUGAAUUUCAAGUGGUAUUGGGUACCUGGAUUUUGAUUGGUUAGCCUUAAUUAUAGCUUGGCAUAAUCAUUUCUGGUGACCAAAUCAUAAAGUUCUAUCAGGGCACCUGUGUCAGUGGUGCUAUGCUGGUCAAAAUUUGAGACUUUGAAAUAAAAGCUUUGUCAUAUUAAUGCCUCUAAC